GACUUGUAUUCCUCUGAACAUGUUUGGUCAUGACGGAUCAAGCAUCAGAUUGCUCUGUUUUGUCGCCCGCACUGGAGGAUAUAUAGUAGAGUGUUUCCAACGGACCACAUCAUUUCUUUCCAGACAUCUAAAAUAAAAAUAUGAUGUUAGUUGUUUGGUGUUUUUUUUGGUCGUAAAUAGAAAUUCCUCGUUGCGGUUUUAGUUCAGACAAGUCAAAAGCCAAGAGUCAAGUGUGUCAAUCCUGAAGUUGGAGUACAAAUUGGAUAAACUAAUUGCGUGAUUUUGACGUCUGCUCAUCGAACUUUCACUUACAACAACUAACAUUGUUCAAGGUAUGUCAUUUAUUGUGUGUACAGCUGCAGCACAACUAAAUUAUUUUAACAGCUAAAUUUAAUAGCUUUUUUUGUUGGGUCUCAUUAUCUUGCCAAAGGACACUAAAGGCAAUAAUAUAUUUAAUUAAGCGAUCGUUUAAAAUAUUCUUUUUUUUUUAAAAAUACCAUUGAUCGUAAGUCGUCAUGAUGUCCAAAUGUCAUGAAUGAUGUGUGGGCGUGGCUGUUUAAUUUUUUUUUUUUUGGUGGCCUGUAGUUCUGUGAAACACUUUGAGAAUUAAACCAAAAAGAUUUUAAAUUGAGUUCCAUACAUUCCAGCCUUGAUUUAUAUAUAUAUAUAUAUUAUAGCCCAUAUAUAAAUUAUACGGUGUGACUAUUCAACUAUUUUAAUUGUAACACUAAUACCUGAGGUAAGGUAAACCAUUGGCGGUAUAAUCAUUCAAGCCCCCCCCCCCCCCCAAAACCCCCCCCCCCCCCNACAUAAAUAUAAAAGUAAUUUAAAUUGAAAAUCGUUCAACAUGUGCAUAUUGAUAACUUGUAAAAAAAAAUGGGGGGGGGGGGGACAUUUAAUUAGUAUGGUGUAUGAUCUCCAAGCUUAACAACCACCGUUUAUAACAACACAGUUCUGUUGGGCCCGUCAGUUAAACAGGUUCACAUUAAUUACUGUUAUAUUUUUACCCUUAAUUUUAAGAUAUCUUAUUUGAAUCUAUAGUGCGCUGAAGUGUGGUCAGUUCAUUAUUAAAACGAUAUGAAAAGGGACAAAACUGAUUUUACCUUGUGACGUUUUACUGGACGAUACAUUGUAUUCUAUUAUAAGUGCGAAAUCUUUUAAAAGGAUUGUUGUUUUUUCUCGUUACAUGAGAAUUAUAGCAUAAAAAUACCAUAUUAUAUUGCCAGGCCCAGAACACACUUAUAAUAACAAUGUUCCCGUCCUACUUGUAAUUGCCAUCUUUUUCAUUCUACUUUUAAAUGCCAUGUUGUUUUUUUUCCCUACACACUUAAAUGUCAUGUAUAUAAUAUUCUACUCGUAAAUUGAAUGCUUAUGCUCUACUUGUAAAUACCAUGCUCCUGGGCGCUGUCUCGGGUCCUUUAAUUAAGUUAAAUCGAUUCUCAGCGGCCUGAGUGUCUGCAGUUAUUUUGGAAGCAGCUUUUCCUUAUUUAGAGCCACGACUUCUGCCUGCGCCACGUUUACACCACAACCCCACCAGGAAUUAAUGGCUUGUACGAACCAAAGCCAUAACCAUUAACAUGAAAUCAGGCGUUCAUUUUUCGGACACAUAAUUUGCACUUCCCUCGAGAUCUCUUAGCUCAUGUCGAAUGUCGCAGACCGUUUUAGGUUGAGCGUAGGAGGUAUCGUUGUCGGAAACAAAUUUAUCAGUUACAAGACCCAACUGUGACGCGAAAUGGGCGUCUGUCCGUUGCAUUUGUCUAGGCUCCUAUGCGUUUGCGGUUUUUUGCAUCCGAUUACAGUACUGAAAGGGCACUGUACGCUCCUAAUCCACACAUAAACCUCAAAACUACAUCUAUUCACAUCACCCACAUAACUUCACAUCACCCACAUAACUUCACAUCUCCAACACAGUUUCACAUAUCCAAAAUAACAUCGCAUCUCCAGCACAGCUUCACCUCUCCCACACACCUUCACCUCUCCCACACACCUUCACCUCUCCCACACACCUUCACUUCUCCCACACACCUUCACCUCUCCCACACACCUUCACCUCUCCCACACACCUUCACCUCUCCCACACACCUUCACCUCUCCCACACCCCUUCACCUCUCCCACACACCUUCACCUCUCCCACACACCUUCACAUCUUGUAUCUGCGACACACCGGUGUUUACUAUUUAAUCGUCAGGAAUGGCUCAAGCCGUUUCUAGUAGCGAUGGAGACGGUUUGCUGAUCUGGACCGGAGCAGUUUUGGGUGGGGGGGGAUGCUUGUGCCCUCCAUGUUCACAUAAAACGUAUAGGUACUGGGGAACCAAGUGGUCUAAACCGAGCAAAACUCAAGUUGAAGGUCAGGAAUUCUAAUCCCCACCAAAGUCCAGUCAAGAAAAAAACAAAACAAAAAAAAAACCAUCACCAGCACCCCGGAUGGAAGGGACGCUUUAAACGUCUAAGAGGAGGCGUCCCGUAGGCGGAUAACAUUGGUUCAAUGAAACAUUCCAACAACUCCUGAGACGCCACUGAAGCUUUAUCAUCCACACAUCAUCCACACAUCAUCCAUAUCCCCUUGGCUUAUCCAGCGGCGUGGUGAGAGGCGUGUAGCCGGCCGGUACAACUUUUACAAACGUUUUGAGAAUUUUUUCGCUUACGGAUUCAAAUUGGUUGAAUGAAGCGCUCAGUAUGAGAACAACAGUCGGAACCGAUGUCUUGUCUUCUGCCUAUUGGCGUAAUGAAGCAAGAACACUUUGCCUCAGGUUGUGUUACGUAACACCCCAGUGGAAGAUUUAUGCUCCUGAGAUUAAACGGUAAUCCCCUUAAUCUUUUAAUGGCCUUAAGUUCUUCACGGGCUAGGACGGGGUUUGUGGCGAGACUACCUGAACUGAAUGCAACAGUGGCAUCUCUAGGCUUUAAAUACCACAACACACUGACGACUUUAAGUCAUGACGCACUGACGACUUAAAGUCAUGACGCAGAAGACUAAAAAACAUGACACACUGCCAAAGACAAAGAAACACAACUAUCUGUUUUUUCGAGGCAUAAACCAUUUUAAAAAAAAAAACCAAGUUACAUUUUAUUUUUAUUUAAAUUUCUUUCUAAUGAAAUUUGUAAAUGUACAUACAUAUUAGAUGGAUGAAACUGAUAUCAAACAAUAAAUGUCUGAAUGCACCCAAGGAUUCAUUUGAAAAUAUCUGUAAGAUAUAAAAAAGAUUUCACGUUCUAGGCAUCAGGGCACCUACACCCCCACCUCGCUCCCCCACCCCUUCUUUUUAUGUAUACACGUUAAAAGAAAAUACUUUACAAUCACCCAAAAUUGAUGCAUUGUCGGAACCAGAAUAUUGCUUAAAUUUGUAAAAAAAAAAAAAAAAUUUUUUUAAUUCUCAAUGUUACAAAUUCCAUUUAAAUGAAGUAAGUUACACAACAGUUACAGCAAGGGUAGAUAAUGGAUCCAGACAUGAGGGAGGGGGGUGGUGGGGGGUCCGGUAACAAGCAUUUCAGAAUAACCUCUUAAGCGGUAUAACUGAUGAUGCCUUCAAAAAUAAGCAAGAAAUCUCUCAAGUUAACAUUCCCAAGUUAACAUUCUCAAGUUAACAUUCCCAAGUUAACAUUCCCAAGUUUAACAUGCCCAAGUGAACAUUCCCAAGUGAACAUUCCCAAGUGAACAUUCCCAAGUUAACAUUCCCAAGUUAACAUUCCCAAGUUAACAUUCCCAAGUUAACAUUCCCAAGUUAACAUUCCCAAGUGAACAUUCCCAAGUUUUGUAAGGGUUCAAUUGUAAGGGUUCAAUUGUAAGGGUUCAAUACAUUCCCAAGUUAACAUUCCCAAGUGAACAUUCCCAAGUUAACAUUCCCAAGUUAACAUUCCCAAGUUAACAUUCCCAAGUUAACAUUCCCAAGUUAACAUUCCCAAGUUAACAUUCCCAAGUUAACAUUCCAAACCUGUUGACGAUGUCACGAGUCGUUGAUAUGCGAUGCUUUCAAAAAAAAAAAAAAAGACAACCACCUCCCCCACCUCUCUCUCUUCCCACCCCCCUCCCUACAGACAUACAAGUACAUAGUCAUCAGACCAGAGAUAUAGGUUAUACCUAUACGCGCACCUCAUCACACCCAGGGUAACAGAGCGGCACCCGAAGAAUGCCCAUCUCCCACCCCACCCCACUUAGGCCUUUCCCGUGACGUCCUCACCGGCCCGGCUAGGCCAGAGUUUACUCGGAAAAGUGGGAAAAGGGGGGUGGGGGGGUGUUGAGAUAUGAUUUCAUAAGUUCAACUUAUCUGUACAGAUGUUUGUGUACACUUCAAUUCGGGUCGCUCGCUCGCUGGACGAAUUAAGCCUUUGUGUAAACUCCGGGAUUAAAAGCUUAUUGUUGCGUAAGAGUUAUUUUAAGGGUUGAAACUCUGCUAUCCAUGGUCCAUAGGUGGAGCUGGACUUUGUCUAAGGAAAACAGAUGGAGACGGGGGGGGGGAGUAGUGGGGGGUCAAAGGUUAAUUGAAAUAAUUGUGGUAAAAAAAAAUACCCAAUUUUUUUUUUUUUUUUUUUUACUGGCAUCCGUCGUCACAAUGUGACGAUGGUGUGGGCUCGAGGUGGCCGAAAUCACAAAUGACCGGUCACUCAAAGAGAUUAAUCGUAAUCUUGGGAAUUUUUGCCAGUGGAACCGCCCUUACUGGCGUAGGUAUGGACGCUAACAGGACCAGCAGGUUUCAGAACAGUCACAAGACAAGGCACUCGCUAUUCUUCCCCCCCCCCCCCCCCCCCUUUUUUUUUUUUUUUUUUUUUGAAGAUGCGCGUAGAGUCCGCCGUACCAUCAGAUACAAACAAAUCUUUCAUUCUUUUAAGUCUGUGCUGCUGGUUGCCGUCUUUAAACUCUAAGUCGAAGGCGAUGUAACACAGAGGGACUGAAUGGGGUCGGCCACCAAAGAAAGCUGACCCGCCUCCAUACAUAAACUUUUAAUCUCAUAUUAUAAGUCACCAACACACUGAACGUUUGAAAUGGGGACAGCCUGAAGACAAGACAGUCACGCAUGACAGGGCGUCAAAAAAUGGAUACAUCAUAUUUUAUGUUUUCUAAAAGUAGACAUGACUCAUUUGUUUAUUUCUAAUAUAUAUACUCUUUUUUACGAAUGUUUUUAAUCCUGCAGUUUUGUGUGGGUUCUCCCCCCCCUUCCCCUUCCCCCCCCCCCACCACCAAAUACAUUUUAAAAUUGUUGACAUUCAAAGCCAGUAACCCUUAACAUAAAAUUGUAUGUACCAUUUCAGGCAGCGCUCUACUGGUUGAGAUGUCUCCCGCCGCAAUGCUGUCAUCAAAAACCUUGACCGUCGCCAUCCUGGUCAGCCUGUCAUUUGUGUUCAUUCCAUCCUGUUGUGGUCGCACCCUGGACGAUGCCGGUGGGGAGGCCGCUGAGGAUGACCACUGGCCGGUACUCUGUGCCCCUAACACAUACUACAGUAAAGCUGUGGUGAGUUGGUUUUUCUGUUUGUUGUAUACUAUACCAGGACCGUCGUGUGUACCUCCAAAUGUCAAAUUAUGUUGACGUUUGUAUUACCCAUCCUUACAUCACCCUACUCCCCCUCCCCCUUCCCCCCCCCAUCUUUUCCUUCCCCAACCCAGGGGCGCAGCUUGAUGAAACGAUCCUGCUGUCGAACUCACAAAAUUGUGCCGCACUUCCAUCAUCAUCAUCAUCAUCAUCAUCAUCAUCAUCAUGUCCCUUAGUCCUUGGACCGUUGGGGCGCCACAGAUGACAUGUGAACUAUCCUCCUCCAUUCGUCUCUGUCUUCUGCACUACGCACAGCAUCGCCCAGUGUUAGUCCCGUCCACUCUUUGAUGUUUAUCCUCCCAUCUUUAUCUCUGUCUUCAUCUUCUUCUCCCUCCUCUUGUGGUGCCCUGCAAUAUUUCUUUGGCAAGCCCUUGUUUCCUGGUUGUGCCGCACUUAGAAACACACAAACAAAUUAUAUUAUAAACCCCAAAAGUACCGCCCAGUGCGUCCCGCCCCCCCCCCUCCUUUUGUUCACUACCCCAUGCCCCAUUCUCCCCACGGUCCGUUGUAAGAGUUUUUACUCUGAUUUUGAAGGGGUGUGGGGGUUGGGGGGGGGGGUCGUGCUGUCAGAGUUAUCACACAGUCUACAUCGUCCUGAUGUCACCCACCUUAUGUUGAAUGUCUAUCUCAGCAAAUACAGCCUACAAACUCAUGUCUAUUUACUUGGCAUAUCUGACAGACUCCUUUUUUAAAGAAUUUUGGGUGCGAUAAGUUUGAUUUUUAAAAAUAAUUGAACCAAGUUUACUUGAAAGUAGGUGAAAUGUUGUAGCUGCCAUAGCUUCGUACACUACCGGCAUGUGUUUAAAUGUUAGCGGCCAAUCAAUGACAUGUCUGACUUGUUAGGCUAAAGUCUUUUUUUUGAAAACGGGCUCCUGUGGGGUGGCGUUGUAUCGACUAUUUAAUUUUACUCUACUAAAUUCAACCCCCACCCCCUCACUUUUUUUCUUCUUCUCCAUCUUUUCGUACAUAUAAAAUUGAAUGUGUAACCCUUUCCGUCUGUCUCUUUCAGGAAAGCUGCGUCGUCUGCUCGGAGUGUCCGGUAAAUACAAUAAUCACGAGCCCGUGCCACAGAUUCCAGGACACCAAGUGUGGACCGUUCUACGACUUCAACGCCAUCCUGGAGGCGGGCCGGGAGCAUUCUGAGGGCGACAGCCAGGAGGAGGGAGGCGAUGAGGAGGGCCUCUCCCCCGACGACGGAGGCGUCGUCGCAACCACCAGAUCCAGCCUCAUCAACAAGUCGGGUCAGCCCGCCGUCGGCGACGCUGUCGGGGUUGAGUGGAGGUCUGUGGCUGUGAAGCUGUCCCUGAUCAUCACCGGAUUCGUGCUCACCCUGGCGGUCAUCAUUGUCGGCGGGGUCUGUUACAUAAGAAGGAAGUACAUCAACGGAGCGAAGAGCGGCGGUGUCGUCUGCGAGUACAGUCCUGCUCCAGGGGCGACCCCUGUUCAAGAGUGUUGACCGGGAUGGCGCGCUGUUGUCUUGAUCUGUAAACAAGAUCGGUUUGUUUAGUCCCCAUCAGAUCAUUGAGAUGAGCAUUGGUAAAUGUCUUCUCUUCCACCGUGCGUCUUUCUGUCGGUGAGAAAGUGGAUGGUACUGCUUGACAUAGCAAACGGCACUGCUGAGGCUUAGAAGUGCUGGUUGCUAUACGGUAGCGUGGUCGUGACCAAGGCCUUGAUAUAGACACUGUUAUAAAUACCCACGUGUCAUGGUUGAUCUUCUGAAGUACAGGUCUCGCUUGAUUGGAGAUUUUUCUUUUUUUUUUUCAUGCAGCAGAAGAGUGCAUUGGAAUAGUUUGAUUUUCCUUUGUUAUGAUUAAAAAAGCUUCAAAUCUUGUCAUGAGACUAAUAACGAUGCGAUUGUAAACAAGUCCCACUGUCUGGUGACUGUUCAGUGCUACACAAAAUGGCGUUAGCGCUACUACGGUGUUACACUAUGAAUUAUUACAGCUGCGCGGGCGGUCCUUGGCACUCAAAUCUUUGAGGACCACUUGCCCAGGUUGCUAUGCAUUUUUAAAUAGUUAAAGAUUUUAUUACACAUUCUGAUUUUAAUUUGCAGAAAAUGUUUUCAGUUAACACUGCAAUCUGAAAGUAAUCGGUCAUCAUUGUCGGCGGGGUCUGUUACAUAAGAAGGAAGUACAUCAACGGAGCGAAGAGCGGCGGUGUCGUCUGCGAGUACAGUCCUGCUCCAGGGGCGACCCCUGUUCAAGAGUGUUGACCGGGGUGGCGCGCUGUUGUCUUGAUCUGUAAACAAGAUCGGUUUGUUUAGUCCCCAUCAGAUCAUUGAGAUGAGCAUUGGUAAAUGUCUUCUCUUCCACCGUGCGUCUUUCUGUGGUGAGAAAGUGGAUGGUACUGCUUGACAUAGCAAACGGCACUGCUGAGGCUUAGAAGUGCUGGUUGCUAUACGGUUGCGUGGUCGUGACCAAGGCCUUGAUAUAGACACUGUUAUAAACACCCACGUGUCAUGGUUGAUCUUCUGAAGUACAGGUCUCGCUGGAUUGGAGAUUUUUCUUUUUUUUUUCAUGCAGCAGAAGAGUGCAUUGGAAUAGUUUGAUUUUCCUUUGUUAUGAUUGAAAAAGCUUCAAAUCUUGUCAUGAGACUAAUAACGAUGCGAUUGUAAACAAGUCCGACUGUCUGGUGACUGUUCAGUGCUACACAAAAUGGCGUUAGCGCUACUACGGUGUUACACUAUGAAUUAUUACAGCUGCGCGGGCGGUCCUUCGCACUCAAAUCUUUGAGGACCACUUGCCCAGGUUGCUAUGCAUUUUUAAAUAGUUAAAGAUUUUAUUACACAUUCUGAUUUUAAUUUGCAGAAAAUGUUUUCAGUUAACACUGCAAUCUGAAAGUAACAUUUGGCAACACCAUCUGAAUGCACCAAUGAGCACCACAGUCGGAAUGCACCUAUACCAA